AAGGCAUCCGAGGCUGAGCGCGCGCGCGCGAUGGCUCCCGGAUCCGCUGCCGUUGUAGUCCGAGGGGUGUGUUCUGCAUCGCGGCGGGUGUGCUCUGACCCGCUCGCGCAGGGGUGAGUUUCGAAGCCGCCCGCCGGCUCUCUGCGGCCCCGCCUGCGCUGCGCCCACUCUCGCAGCAUGGGCGGGCACAGCCACGGCGGCAGGCGCUGCGGCGGCCACGGGGCUGGCCGCGCAGGCGGCCACGACGGGAGCGGCCAGGUGGGCGGGGAGGGCGGCCACGCGCACGGCGGCGGGCACGGCGGCGGCUGCAGCCACGGCCACGGCGGCCACCACGAGGGCCACGAGGGCCACGGCGGGACAGGCCAGGGCCCCGCGCACGGCUCCGGCGGCGCCUCGGGGGGCGGCGGCUUCGCCAUCUCGCACCAGUGCCGCGAGGGCGGCAUCUGCAUCACCAUGGCGAUCGACGGCGAGCAGCGUGCGUUCAAGAGCGCAGCGAUCAGGGACCUGCCCGCCGGGGACAUCUGCAUCCGCAGCCUCGCCGGGGAUCCCGUCGGCGGCAAGUGCCAGACGCCGAGCUGCACGGAGGAGGAGCCCCACCUCCACGUGCACGCCGCACACGAGGGCUGUUACGAGGCCCGCGCGGGCUGCGAGGAGCUGGCGAAGUUCGGGGUCACGCUGCUGCAGUGCCGCACCUGCGUGGCCCUCCCGGUGGACGGCACCUUCCCCGGCCAGUGCGAGAAGGCGCUCGCUCGCUGCGCUUGCUGCAGGGACCACCCGUCGCCGGCCGUGGUAGGGUCGCCCGUGCCUCCAGUCGUGCACAAGCACUCGGCUACGUGCGGCCAUCCUGUCGUCAAGCACGGCGAUCAUGUCGACUACAUUGUGCAAGCGACCGACGGGCGGCUCCUCCUGGAGCACGCGCACUGCGCGGAGGGGACUGCGGACGGGCCACAGCACAACGACUGCCACGGCGAAAUCAAGCAGAGCGCGCCCUUCGCGUUUCUCUACCGAGACCGUGCGGGUGGCUCCUCGAUCAGCAUGUCCGUCUACGGCGUGUCCCUCGAAGCACUGUUGGGACCGAAGGGCACGCGUCAGCUCAGCGGCAGAAAAGUGACCACAGUGAUGAUAGUAGAGGGCAUAUGCUGCCCGAGCGAGGUGCCGAUAAUUGAUAACAUCCUCCAGAAGCUCUCUGGCGUUGAUAAGGUGUCGACAAACGUCACGGCGAAGCAGACGACCGUCGAGCACAAUCCCAUGCUCACUUCACCUGAGGAUCUCGUGCAUGCUCUGAACAAGGCGUCCUUGGGGGCGCGGCUCCGGCGAGGUGACGGCGAAGACGAGCAAAUGGAGAGCCGGUGCCCAUCGCCGUUGCUACUCGUCUGCGGACUGCUGUGGAUCGUGUCUUUCGCGAGUUUGGCGGAUCACGACGAGGAGACAUGGGUACACUACCUGAAGUACGUGGCUCUUGCCGCCGUGGCAGUCGGUUCACCCCGCAUUCUCCUGAAGGCCUGGGGGGCUCUGAGAAAUCGCGUCCUCGACAUCAAUUGCCUUAUGGGGAUCGCGGUGUGCGGCGCCAUCGGCAUCGGGGACUACGUCGAAGCAGCGGCAGUGGUGUUUCUCUUUCGCCUCUCGGAGUGGCUGGAGUUCCUUGCCACAGCCAAGGCGCGCAACGCUUUGGCCGCCGUGCUGGCCAUGCGGCCCGAGCAGGCGGUUGUGGCGGGCACGGGCCAGAAGAUUCCCGUGGACGAGGUGGUCGUCGGCAGCCGCUUGGCCGUCCGGGCCGGCGACAAGGUCCCGGUGGAUGGCGUCGUCGUCGAAGGAACGUCGGGCCUGGACGAGAGCGCCCUCACCGGGGAGUCUGUGCCCGCGCGAAAGCGGGUUGGCUCCCGCGUCUUCGCGGGCACCGUGAACGUUGGCGGGGGCUACUUGGAGAUCGAGGCGACUGCUCUGGUGGGCGAUUCCGCUGUGGCGAGGAUGGUGAAGCUCAUCGAGGAGGCUCAGGCGAGCCGGUCGAAGACCGAGAUCCUUGUCGAGCGCUUCGCCAAGGUUUACACGCCCAUCGUCGUUGUGUCAGCGCUGUUGCUCGGCGCUGUCCCGUGGAUCUUCCUCGGCGAAGAGGAGGCGAUGGAUUGGCUGUACAGGGCUCUGGUCCUGCUGGUCGUGGCCUGCCCCUGCGCCCUCGUCAUCUCCACGCCCGUCACCUACGUGAGCACCCUCUCCACUGCGGCUACGCACAACAUCUUGGUACGUGGCGGCGACACGGCGGCGGACCUGGAGGUGCUUGGCAGGGUCCAGACCAUGUGCAUGGACAAGACGGGCACCUUGUCGGAGGGCCGCUUCCGGGUGAGGACGGUGCUGCACGUCGGCGAAGGCAGGGACAGUCGGGCGGAGCACCUUCGCCUCAUGGGCUACCUGGCGGCGGUAGAGCGGUUGUCCACGCACCCCCUGGCCUCCGCGCUCGUGGCGCACGCCCGGAGUGAGGGCGCGGAGGACGAAGGCAUUCAUGUGGAGGACGUCCAGGAGCUGCCUGGCGAGGGCCUCGAGGCCACCAUCCAGGGCGCAAGCGUGCAGAUUGGCAGCCGCCGCCUCGCGCGCCGCAUGGGCUGGGCGGCGGCGGACGCCAGGCCCCAGGCCGUGGCAGUGGGUAUCGACGAGGCCUCCACCGACGGCGGCGAGAGACUCCAGAAGGGCACCAUGGCGCCUGACGUCGCGGAGCAGGUCGCCGAGAUCGAGGCGCAGGCGCAGACUGUGUGCUACCUCGGGGUGGGUGGGCGCCUCGCCACCAUCAUCGGCGUGGCCGACGCGCCGAGGGAGGAGGCGGCGGGGGUCGUGAAAGCCCUCCGCGAUCUGGGUGUGGAUGUGGUGAUGCUUACCGGCGACCGCUUGGCCCCCGCGGAGGCCGCGGCAGCCAAGGUCGGCGUGGCCGACGUGAGCGCGGAGCUCCUACCCGAGGACAAGGUGACGGCAGUCCUGGCGAGAAGGCCGAAGGCUACUGGCUGGCCCUUCGCGGCAAGGAGGGCCGUGGCCAUGGUGGGCGACGGCGUGAACGACGCGGCCGCGCUGGCUGCCGCCGACGUGGGCAUCGCCAUGGGUGCGGCGGGCACGCAGGUGGCCAUGGAAAAUGCGCAUGUGGUGCUCAUGGAUUCGGAUUUGCGAAAGUUGACAACCGCCGUGAAGCUUGGCCGGACCGCCAUGAGGAAGGUGAAGCAGAACGUUUUCUUCGCCCUGUUCUCCAAGCUCGUUAUGGUCGUGCUUGCCGUGGUCGGCUACGCGUCCUUGUGGAGUGCCAUCGUCGUCGACCUCGGCUCGAUGCUCAUCGUCACCAUCAACGCGUCCCUCGUACUGAGUCAGCGGAAGGCGAAGGGCGACGCCCACGGGCCCGGCCCCAGCCACGAGGGCGAGGUUGCGAAGAGCCGCUGGGCCCUACCGAAAUUCGGCGGCGGCCAUGGCCCCGGCCACGGCGGCCAUGGCCAUGGCCAUGAUCACAGUUGCUGCCGCCCGCCUGCGGCCGCGAGCGCGUCCGCGGCAGCAGACGGCCUCGGCGAUCCACGGGGCCAUGUCGAGGGCCACGCUGGUCAUGGUGACAGCCAUGGCGGCGGCCAUGACAGCUGCCACGGCGGCCACAGUCACGGGGGCAAGGCCUGCGGCGGUCAUGGCGACAGCCACGGCGGCGGCCACCAUAGCUUCCACGGCGGCCACAGUCACGGGGGCAAGGCCUGUGGCGGUCAUGGCGACAGCCAUGGCGGCGGCUACGAUAGCUGCCACGGCGGCCACAGUCAUGGGGGCAAGGGCGGCGGUGGUCACGAUAACAGGCAUGGCGGCGACCAUGCCUGCGGCCACGGCAGCCACAACGGCGACAGCGUUCACGGGCACAAGGCCUGCGGCUGUCAUUGAUUUGAUUGUUGCGUGCGUGCCACCGCUACUUUUCUUUGCCUGCCAUCUGUGCCGAGGUUGCGCUGUGACUUGCCGCGCACUCUGGCCCAUGUGUACUCGGGCCUGGGCGAUGGAGGUAGGUUCGACGGGAUCUUGAGACGGUUCGGAUAGCACCCAUCCGUACCACAGUCGCAAAGAAUAAUGUCAGAAUACCCUCUGAGGCAAAACCAUGGAGCCAUUUUCGGAAGGCUCUACCCGUUUUGUACAUACUGCUCUCCUUGUCGCAGUCGCAGUGCCGUGCCGUUCGCCUGCUUGCAACAGAGUGCGCGGCGUUGCAACUGAUUAUCGGGGCGGCUCUCUCCGUCGCCCCCCCGGGGGCCCGCGGCGGCGGCUUUUGCACGGAGCGCGUGGUACCACGGCCGUCGAGGGCCGUGACGGCACUCUGCUUCCUCCCGAAGUUCCCUGUACGUUCGUGCGGUUUUCUUCCUUCCUCUAUACGUGGUACUGCGGGACCGCUCGCCCGCACGGCCGCGACAGGACUCAUUUGAUGUUGCGCUGCAGUGUUUCCCUUUUGCGUUCCUGACUCUCCCCGCGGUGUCUCUUUGUGCCUCUCUUGCUGUAGUGUCCGGGGUGCCCUUUUUGUGAUUGCGCUUGUCAAUCGUGCUCCCUGACAGUGUGGGACCACAGUUGUGUAGUGUUGUGACAACAUCGAUCACGCACUCUUCCUCUCCCAUGGCCCAAAGCUUGCGGACAAGCUUCAUUUUCAUACCUAGUGCGUUGUGGAUGUUCUUGGAAGGGGCGCCACAAGGCCGAGGCGCACUGGAUAUAGAUGAAAAUAGAGCCUCCAAGGGAUAGACUGUUCAUAUCCUGUGCCCCUCGGGUUUCUGGGGAAGGGAGCCCGACACGCCAAGCUGCAAUGGAGAUGGACACAAGUCUUGCCCGCA